GCAGUCGGUCAGCCUGAAAGCACCAAAAGGGGCGGGAAAUUUGGUACUGGUGGAGCGUUCUCGGCUGUUCCAGUAGCAGAUUGAUUAACAAAAUUGGUCAUCGACUAUAGCAGCUAGCGACACUUUUUCCAAAGUAUUGUGAAGGGAAAUGCUCGAUAUAUGGCUGAGGGAGAACUAUACAAGUUAUGUAGGUUGAUGAACCUCUGAACAUGAUCCAUCAAUCAGCAUUGGAGUAGUUGCCUACAUAGAACGUUGCUUUGCGUCACCAUGUAGCUUCGCAUGGGUGGCCUGGAACGUCGCAGGCGUUUCUGAAGACAUCUUGAAUCAGCUAAAAGAGGACACCAGGAUGAGCAAUCAAGAGAAGAUGGAAUUGGACCUCGAAAUCCCAUCUUCACUAGUUCAGAGUGAUGGACAACUGAGACGUUCCAACAGUGCCCCAAUGAUAAAUGGCCUAAGUGAACAUUCCCAGGUGUUCCAGAGUGAGAUUCUAUGCAGCAGGAGAAACAGCACCACUGUUGUCAACCGCCCUAAUAUAUCCAUCUCGCAGGUCCCUUCAUCGCCCAUUCGCGUCCCCAGCACUAGGCUUCAUCAGCUCAAACAGGAGGAAGGUGUAGAUUUGAUGAACAGAGAGACUGCCCAUGAACGGGAGGUUCAAGCAGCCAUGCAGAUGAGCCAGUCCUGGGAGGAGAGUCUGAGCCUGAGCGACAAUGACUUUGAGAAAUCUGCAUCGUCGUCUCCAAAGCGGAUCGACUUUAUGCCCGUGUCCCCUGCCCCAUCCCCUACUAGAGGGAUAGGGAAAAAGCAGUGCUUCUCCCCUUCAUUGCAAAUCCUGGUGAGCAGCCAUGGCCUAUCCCCCAGCCCUAUACCUAGCCCAACGCGACGCUUCAGCCGGCGGAGCCAAAGCCCCAUUCACUGCAUCAGGCCCAGCAUCCUGGGGCCCAUCAAACGUAAAGUAGGUGAGAUGAUGGAGACUGAAAGCCAGCCAAAGAGGCUCUUCCAGGGGACCACCACAAUUCUGUCCUCUGAUGUACUUGUGCCCCAAGUCCAACUGCCAGACUUCACCUCCUGUCUCUCUCCGCCGGACGUGCUGGACGGCAGCCUUAGCAGUGUGGGUUCUUCCACUGGCUCGCCAUCUAAGAUGGAGGGCAUCUCUGAGUCUCCUUCCUCCAGUAACUCUCCCUUCAACCCCCUCCAGGACCACUCCCCAAAAUGAACAAGGGAACAUGAGACUCUAAACAAGAGUGAAGGCAUGAAAGCCACCUCAACUGUAUGACCCCCCCCCAUCACUUUGCUUUAGCUAAUGUGGGAAUCCCUUCCCAUGCUGUUUGCUUUUGUUAGACUGUUUGCUAGGGGAGGAGAAUCUUGGUGUUUGCAUUGAAAGGAAACCAAAGCCCUAGAUGUGAGCUGUGGACACACCAUGCUGUAGUAGACUACAUGGUGCUGCUUAGCCCCACAGUGACCAGAACAGCCAAGUUGUCUACCCUGCAUCACAUCACUGUCAGCUUCCAGCCCCAUACCCUACUUCCUUUUCCAGCUUCACACUGGAGAGACUGAACACUGGAUGGAGAAAGUUGCUCACUAAGUCAGUUUUCCUGUUUUCCUUAUAGAAAACUAAUUCUCCAGGUGUUUUUGGUGUGCACAAAACUGUCUGCGGGUCUUGUAUGAAUGAAAGGAUAUAACUUGUUGUUCCCGUUUUGUAAGUAUGUAUAUAAUUUUUAAUGUCAAUGUGUCAUUAGUUUUAUGUUUGAUUGGCUGAGUGAUGAAUGCAGGCGCACAGGGCUUCAAAAGUAAACUGACAAUUCUCUCGAGGGGAUUGGAAAUGUUCUUACUACUUGUCAUUAUACGUAAAGAACAGUUUUCAGUUUAUAUCCUCAGUAGUCCCCAAGAUGUGGGGUAUCCUGGUUAAUUUUCUAAAUUUGGCACUUAAUCUGGCCCCCCUCUGGUAUUAGUUAACUACGGUUGCCAGUGUUUUGGGUCAUGUCUACCCAUCCCUGCAGAUUUGACUAGGAAGGGAAGUAAGCGGGGGGCACACAGACUGGGGUCUCAGUCCUACUGCCUGGAUAUAUCUGUAGACCUGCAGGAUGUGCAACAAUUUCGUUUUUACUUCUGAAGCUUUUAGGAAAAUAAUUGUGUUCUUGUUUUGAAGCCACUUUAUAAAUGUAACUGACUUUUUUUAAGCUACGUUAUUGCAGUUUAUACUGAACAUUAGAAUAGCUCACCCUAUUCUCAAUACUCUGCAAUUAAAUCAAUAGAUUGGUUUAGGAUGAGCACACUGAGGUAGAGGACAGAACAUGGUGCCAUUUCAAAAGGGAUUCAGUGAGUGGGCUUAUGUUGACCACAGUAGACCGACAUUUGUCCGAAAAGCUUUGUGCAGAAUGUGUCACUGGAUUGGUUGGUUAUGAAUAACAUUUGCAAUGAACAUUCAUAAGCAAUACCAAAGAGUUAUCAGGGGAACUGUGAAGGCACACUUCAGUUAUACCCUGAUUCACAAAUUCAUUUUAAGGCCGCUGUAAAACAUUUGGGUUAAGUAAUUUCAGUUCAACUCUUACAUUUCAUAUUUUCCCCUCGUUCAGGGUAUGGCGUCUUUACAAAGGGAGGGGAGACUUCAUGUACAAAAGUAAUUAUACAUUUUCAUUGAUAUAUGUAAAUGAAACAGUGUUAUGAAUAGUGAAUAUCUUUAAAGAAACUGCAAGCUGGGCGAUCAGGUAUGCUUGCACUGCUGUAAAUGUAAUUGGUUUAGCAAUUGUGUUUUUUUUUGGGGGGGGGGGGGUAUAUCCUGUUCAUUUUUCAAUUAGUCUGAAUGUCUAGGGCAUGAGAUCGGCAAAAUAAAUUAAGUGCAUAUGGGUGGGUCGUGGACUUGUUAUACUGCUUGCCAACAUUUUGAACAAGGGUAAAUAAAUUGUCUAUUUCCAUUCAA